UCCAAAGAAAUAUAGAUUGAAGUGUUAACUUUGACGUACAUUUGGACAUUGUAUCUUCGUACGGUGAACCUGAGACCUCUGAACAGAAAAAAAUGAAUCAGUUACUGAUAUUCUUGUCGUUAGUGGUGGCUGGGUUUGCAGCUAUGGACGACUGCCCAAAAAUCUGUACCCUGAUCUAUAAUCCAGUCUGUGGUUCCGACGGAAAAACAUAUCCUAGCCCAUGCAAUCUCAAGGCGAAGGCGUGUGCUGCUGGGAAGAAAAUUACCAUUGAACAUAGAGGAAAGUGUAACGACAAGGCUGUGGAUGACUGCCCAAAAAUCUGUCCCCUGAUCUAUAGUCCAGUCUGUGGUUCCGACGGUAAAACAUAUCCUAGCCCAUGCAAUCUGAAGGCGAGUGCGUGUGCUGCUGGGAAGAAAAUUACCAUUGAACAUAGAGGAAAGUGUAAGGACAAGGUUAUAACUCCGGAGAAAAAAUGUUUUAAGCCUUGCCCAAGGAAUUAUCAACCAGUCUGUGGUUCCGAUGGUAAUACUUACAGUAACACUUGUGUGAUGGAAGUGGAAGCAUGUCUCCAGGAUAAAGAUAUUUCCGUGGCAUAUGAAGGAAGAUGUGAAGAUGAAAAGAACUAAUAAGAAAAGACACAUGUAUCCAAGCUUCAGGAACUUAAUUAAUUAGUUACUGUUGCUGUUUGAUUAGUAAGAAUGAAAUAAAAUGCUCCAGUCGGCUUGCAUUAUAA